GGAGUGUAAAUACUUUUUGUCCGGCUUUGUGGGAGCCAUGUGGGAGUUCCUGCUUACCUCUGUUUGACCCCAGCAGACGGCAACGAUUCCUGCCGUCUCUCCACCUCCCUCACGUUCGCUCUCAUCCAUGUGGGCGGUGGUUAAUUGGGUUUCUGAGGCCACAGUCAAUGCUGAGCAGAGGGACUGAGACAGGGGUAGGAAACGGAUGGAUCAGGAUCUGGACCCUCGGUAGUCACGCCACCGUUGAUCAUCUUGAAAGAAAUGGAGGACUUGGGUAGCAGGAGCGGCAUACAGGGACUAGUUAGGGGUGAAUGUGGAGUGAAGGACUGGUACUGUAAGGAAGAUCAGAAAGUGCUAUGCGCAGACAGAGUGGGCCAAAUGACGAAGACCUACAAUGACAUUGAUGCCGUCACCCGUCUGCUGGAGGAGAAAGAGAGAGACCUGGAACUGGCUGCGAAGAUCGGCCAGUCUCUUCUGAAGAAGAACCGAACUCUGACCGAACAGAAUGACUACCUGGAGGAACAAGUGGGGCAAAUCACGGAGGAGGUGGCCCAGCUUCACCAUGAGCUGAACCUGAAGGACGAGCUGCUGCAGUUUUACACCAACGCGGCUGAGGAGUGCGAGGACGAGUCCACCGGCUCCCCCACGUCAGCAUCCACUGCUUGCUUUGCCUUUACCUGGUCUAGUACUUUACACCUGAGUAAGAAGAGCAAAGCGGAAACAGCUUCGGGAGUCUUUCUGAGUGACACACUUCAGAGGAAACUCAAAGAGCUGGAAGAGGAAAACCUGUCGCUGCGCUCCGAGGCCAGCCAUCUGAAGUCAGAGACGGAAACCUACGAAGAAAAGGAGCAGCAGCUCGUCAACGACUGCGUCAAAGAACUCCGACUGUCCAGUCUGCAGAUCUCCACCAUCGCCGAGGAGCUGGCUCGGAAAACCGAGGAUGCUUCCCGUCAGCAGGAGGAGAUCACGCACCUCCUCUCUCAGAUAGUAGAUCUGCAAAAGAAGGCUAAGUCUCUGGCAGUUGAAAACGAGGAGCUAUCUCAGCACCUAAUAGCAGCAAAGGACGCCCAGAAGCAGCUUACAGCGGAGCUGCAGGAGUUGGAGGAGAAAUACUCUGAGUGUAUCGAGAUGCUGCAUGAGGCUCAGCAGGAGCUGAAGAACCUGAGGAACAGGGACUACCCGGCAGGGACCCCCCGACGCUACCACCCGCUGGGACUCUAUCCGAUGGACUCUCUGGCGGCGGAGAUCGAGGGAACGAUGAGGAAGGAGCUGAGUCUGGAUGAUCCUGAGUGCGAGGAGCAGAAGAUCCACCGCAAGCGGGUUUUUGAGACGGUGAAGAGCGUGAACCAGACGGUCCGCCAGCGCUCGCUGACUCCGACCGGCUCCAACAUCCCCGGUUCCAACCAGUCUCUGUCGACGCGGACGUCGCCCCAGUCCAGCGGGCUCUCCACACCCCACUCCACCAUUUAUGGCGGCGACGUCAGCGGCGACAGCGUUGCCUUUGACAACCGGACACAGAGCAUCCUCAUGGAGACGGCGUCCCAUCAGGACAGCAGUUUGGAAUGCCGAGAGAAAAAGGCGGGCGGGGCGGAGGACCUGCGGCUGGCCCUGCGCCGCCUGUCUCUGCGCCGGCAAAACAACCUGAGCGAAAGGCGCUUCUUUGAAGAGGAGCGCCGGCGGGGCGGAGUCCACGGCGUCCUGGAUCACGAGAACGUGCUGACCCCUUCGGACAGCAUCAUGUCGCUCGGGAACCUCCACCUGUGGGCCUCCCGGGGGCCUUACCUCCCAGACAAGCUCCAGAUCGUCAAGCCUCUUGAAGGCUCGGCCAUCUUGCACCAGUGGCAGCAGCUAGCGCAGCCUCACCUCGGUGUAAUCCUGGACGCCAGGCCGGGGGUCGUGCCAAAGGGCUACAGGCCCCUUGAGCUGGAGCUUGAACAGGUGUACCCAUGGGGCGGUUUUGAGGAAGAUGAACCAGGAGAGCAAUACUUCCAGAAUCUUCCCACCUCCUCAUCCACUGCCUCACCAGCAGUGCCCCCCAUUUCCAGCACGGGGGAUGUCAACCCGAGGCAGCCUCCAGGCAGCCUUGACCCUCCCUCCCCGCCUUCUCCAUCCCCGUCACCGCAUCUCAGCAACACUGAUGCACUGGCUGCAUACUAUCCAGGAAAAUGCAUGGCCCACACCAGCUCUACCUACACCUUUACAACAUGUCGGAUCCUCCAUCCAACGGAUGAGCAGACGCGGGUCACACCGAGUCUAAACCCCGUCCCUGCAUCCUCCUCCUGUGUAAUGACCAGCAGCCUGUGGGGCACUCCUGCUGCUACUCCCUGCACGCCUCGCAGGCUCAGUCUCAGGCCCUCUGAAUCAUCGACCAACCUCAGAGAUGGAACGCGCACCACCAGCACUUCUCUGGGCUUAGUGCGCCUCCUACAGGAGAGAGGGAUCUCAGCAGCCAUGUAUCACCAGAGCCAGGGGCAUGAGUACAGUCAAGGUACCGGAGGAGUUCUGUUCAGCACUACCAUUGCCCCCAACAGGGCAUCCAACACCGAACCACAGCGCCCUGCGACCCCUCCUAAUUCUCCAACCAGGCCUGGUGCCUCUGCUGCCCCAACCUCCGAGGGCUUCGACUUCAAGAGCCCGUCUUAUGACAACUUUCUGGCCUCCAAACCGGCACGCUCCAUCCUGAAGGAAGUGACGGGGAUGAGAGGCAGGCAAAGGGCGCGGGACUGCGAAAGCCAAACAGACGUCAGCGUGGCUGUACACAACCUCAACCUGCUGGAUAAGGUGAAGCGGCUGGGUGUGGCCGGGCGCCGGGCAGCCAGCCCGAGUCCCCUCCUGGGGCAUCUGGGGGGUCUGCGGAGGUCAGGUUCUCCGUUUGGACCGGACGGAAUGAGAAGGAACCGGAGUUACCCAGCCAUGGUUGGAGCCAGCAUGGCCAUGAAAGCUCCUGGUCCCCAGGAGUAGUCUGGACCGCUGCAGGCUAGAAGGGUGAGGGUAGAAACAGGGACUGACUGCUGAGCGGUCACCUGGGGGGUGCUUUCCACCCACCAACAACAUGGCACUGUUGAUUUCACACAUCUCUGCUGCUGUUCUACGUGAUGCUUAAAGUUAUAUUAAUUUAAAAGGUGACUGAAGCUUGAAAUGAAAAAAAAAAUGCACUUAAAGAGGUAAAAGGAUAUAGUCUUACAUACAUUUCAGCCAUGCAAUGAUGUCCCUGGAUUUCAAAAGGUUAUUUCAAAUCAACUGCAUGAUACCAAGGAGCUGAACAAUCAGAUCUCAAAAGGCUGUGAUUCUAUUCCAAGAAUCAUCAGGAACCUUUUGCUAUUAGUCUCUCUAUCCAGUAUUUGACUGAAGCAGUUAGUUCAGAUUUUGGAUGCUGGGGUUCUGGUCAGAGGUUAUGAAUGAUCAGUAAAUCUCUUGCUUUUAGAAACAAUCUAUUUGUAAUUUCUUAUGUAUUAAAAAAUAUAGAAUGAAACAAGACUGCAUUGCCCUUUUCCAAAGCAAAGCAUAUUGAUAAAGCAGGAUCUUCUUCAGAUGUUAGGAGACUGAACAGCACGUGGGAGGGUCCACCUUCUACAACUUCUGUCGCUUAAGCAUUGGAUGGAUUUUCCUUAAAAAGUAUUUGUCUUUGUGUCCUGUGUACUUAGUAACCAACUUUUCUACCUGAUGGAAGAUAAUCCAUUUGGGUUGCAAAAGCCUCAACCAUUAACGCUUCAGGUUUUAUCUCAGAUAGGCACCACAGCAUCAGGGUAUAGGUUUCAGACCCCCCCCCCCCCGCUUUAUCAUCUGCAUGGAAGGAUUACAAGCCAUUUGCCUUUAAGCGUGUCUAGCGAGACUCAAAGACCUUACUAUGGAUAUUUUUUGUCAAAAACAAACACAGAGGUCUUGCAGGCUUGCAUGCUGCUUUUGUACCUCCAGCUGUAAAUAGUUCAUGCUAUUAUCCAGGGUAUGAGCAUUGGCAGGAAAAAGCAGUGGUGAAGUUAUCUCCUGCAGGUCAUCUGUCUCCAAGCUCACCCCAUUCCCUGCAUCCUUACUCAGUCAGCUUGUUCUGCAGAAUACCUCCCCGCCCUGCAGCCAUCCACGCAGUUUCUCAUUUCUGGCAAGCUGUGUUAUAUCUUCCGUGCAUCGUCAAAUGUUUCCUAAUUCCCUUUAGAAACCCCCUAAGAACAUAGUGUCCCUGGAGCAAGACAGGCCACUCUGAGCAUGUGCCCAGUCAAUUCUUGAAGACGAUGAGUCUCUUAAUGGCUUCCCUGGGAAGAAACAGAGAUUAGCUUUAGUGCUAACCGUUUAUAAGAGAGAGAUCAAGAACAAUAAGAAAUUUCUGCAGUUUUAAAAUGCCUCGCGCCUGAACAAGUCUCUGUUUGGUCAGAUAUGUUGGGUGUUUUGGACAUUCUACAGUGCCCUGAUGGGUCUUUUCUUCCUACAGAUUUCUUCUGUUUUUGAUUGUUGUUUUUAUUUGUCACACUUAAAUGUUUAAGAUCAUCAAACACAUGUUAAUAUUAGACAAACACAAGCUGAUUACAUACUCAAUGCUGUUUUCAAUUGAUUAUUUCAUUUAUUCAGGGAAAAGGCUAUCCAAACCAACAUUCCAACUUCAACCUUGGAGGCAAAAAUUGCAAUUAAGGGUUUGCUUUAACUGGCAGUGAGUCUUUUACAAUGUUGUGGAGGAUUUUUGCCCACUCUAUUUUUGCCUUGUUAUUGAAAAUUGUGGCUGUUUAUUGUCAUUCCAAAGCAUCUCAGCCAGAUUUAGGCUUGUCUUUGACUAGACUACUUCAGAAUAAUUAAUUACGCUUUGAGUUUUUUGGGGGGGGGCUGUUUAGAGGGAGACUUGCUACUUUGGAUUGCUGUCCUAUACUGCCUAACCCAAAUGAGCUUGAACUUAAGGUAAUGAACUGACUGCUGGAUAUUCUCCUUCACGACAGGAGAAAUCCUGGUUUGUUCAGGUGCUAAAAAAAAGCAAAGGAGCCUCACACCAUCACGAUUGCUGGAGUGAUGUUUUUUUUUCUUUCAAAAAUGCUGUUAGUUUUGCACCAAAUAUAACAUUUCAUAAGUCUCGGGGAUCCUCAAGAGGCACUAUUGUGCUUUGAGAUCCUUUUAAUCUUCUUUAUGUUGCCAAACAGGUUCUGUGUAUUUAAGGAAUCUCUUAAUCCUAUGGGUUAUGCAGUAAUCUACCCUGGGUGUAACUUGUGAAAUAUAACCCAGCGUUCCAAAAAGUGUGGCAUGUUAUUUUAGUUAUUUCAUAGUUUACUAAAGAAAGAAAUUACUUUGUCCUCUAGACCCAGAUUGGUUUGGAUAGCUUAUUUUGCCCUUAAAGGAGCAUUGCACAAGUUUAAAGAUUAAAAAUUAUUUUUUUUCUGUCCCACAUGCCCUUACAGUUCCCCAAUAUGUAAAAAUGAGUUUUCCUCUGUUUAACACAGUUGCCUCUAUAGGCUCCAUUAGUCAGUUCAUGGGAAAGUGAUUUGGGUCGUAUUAUCUGGGCGUGGUCAUGGAUGUGACAUACUGUGCGCACUCCUUCACCUGGCUACUGUGUCGAGCCAUUGACGCAUUGGUGAGAAAACACAGGCUAACUUCAAUAUUUCUAACUUUCUUACCUCAGAAGACAUUCAGCCACAGCAGCAGAUGCCUUUCCUCUUCUCUCAUGUGUGCACAACACUAGUGUCAUUUCAACUCUUUGUCAGAGGGGGCAAACUUCAGCAAAAACUCUGGAACUUGCGCUAUGCUUCUUUAAUAAUUGAAAAUCAUCUUUUCAAAUAGCGUUUUGCAUUUGAUUAGUUAAUCUUGAUCUUAUUUUAAAAUUUGUUUGAUGGCAUAAAAACUGAAGAGUGUUUAAAACAACAACAACAACAAACAAAAUAAAUCUGCAAAGGGGGAAGCACUUUUUGUCACUGUACAAUGACAGAGUUUGGUAGUCAACAGUCCAUCACAGUGAUAUGUUGAGCUUAUCUAGCCAGAUUUACUAUGAUGCAAAGCUAACGUGGUGUCCAAAUCAAAGCUCUAUACAUUAUAGCUAAAUUCUGUGUCCUUUUAUUACCCUGUCUGUAAAAUCAGUUGGUAUUGUUAAUCAGAUCUGUUCAACAGGUUCUGGUUUGCAGUUUGUCUUUAACAAUGUUACACGUUAAGAAUCAACUGGGUCGUCUCUGUACAUGUAGACUUCCCUGUUGACAGCCUAUGCUGAGAUAAGUUAUUUUCAGCAGGUAAGAUACUGACUGGUCAAAUCCUCCUUACAGAACCCCAACCUUCAAAAAUAAAUUUUAUCUGUUUGAUACAUAUGCCAAAUGCUAGUGAAAUACUACAAUCCUAAUUAAUCUAUGGUAUACUGUAGUGUAAUACAACUGCUUCUGAAAUCCACAAUAACAACAAAUGAACAGCUCCACUGUGAGGCCUCACCACCAGCCCAGCACUUUGAAGCCCCCCACCCAUCCAAAGUUCCUCCUGGUCUGCGCUCACAAAAAAGUUCAACCGUCUUUACUGUCUGCUAAUUGUAGUUUGUGGUUACGAUUCGGCAUUCUGGCUUAAGAGCAACUAUUUUGGUACAGAGAUAUGAAUUAGAAAAAGGCCUGGGAUUGUUAGCUAGCACGUUAGCUUGCUAAUUUUUGGAUGUAGCGCACAGAGCUAAUUGCAAAAGAAUUACAGAACUACGGAAGAAAGACACAGAAAGUGUUUUUUAUGUAACUUUAGUUUAUAUAACAAGAUCAACCAACCCACAAGAGCAGAAUUAUAGACCCAUCCACUUGCAGCCGUGCUUUGGAGGCUGAGUCUGCUGGCUAGAUGUAAUACUUCCACUCUUGAAUCCACAAAAAUCCCACACACAUCCCACCAUAGACAGGUGCACUCCCACUGUUUGGCUAUCUCUAGCUACUGUAGCAAUCCAUUAUGCCUUCCUUCUUCUUUACCACUGAACUGAGAUGGAUAUUGUUUUGUUUUUUUAUAAAUGUGAAAACUUAAUGAAAGGUGUUGCCUGGCUGUAUCCAAGGAAGUUAUCGGCCUACUUGAAGUGAAUGGGUGCGAGUCUGCCAAGGCAUUUGCAACAAUUUGUUGGAUCGAUAUAAUGGCAUUCUAAAAGAUGCUUUUUCUUUGUUUAAUUGACCAUUAGACAGGAAAUAUGACGGCGCUUCCACUGAACUGGAUGAAUGAAUGCACAGACGCCACAGCUCACAAAGAGGGCAGAGAGGAGAUGGGGUAAGUGAUUGUGGCGAGGUUCGUUCAGCCUAUGGUUGGAAGCUAUUGGACAUUUAUCAGAAGGUCUCUGUUAAUACACAGGAAACAGUUGGACUGGUGUUUUUUUUUUAUUGUUUUAUCUUAAUUUAAUAUUCCUUUUUGAGCUAAAAACACCUUCAGAACACUGUAUAAACUUAUUUGUCAUAAAUGACACACAAUAUGUGAAGAGUUCCUAAUAAACAUCAACAAAUAAAAACAAAA